AUGAAGAAUAUCAUCGAGGAUGAUUAUGAAGAUUAUGAUGAUGUAUCAGAUGGAAGUGAGGAGGGAGGACAUCAGAACAAUCAAGAUGAAGAAGACUAUGACGAUGAGGUCUACGAGGUCUACGACACUGUUGUAGAUGCACUACCCAACGUAUCAAUGGCAGAGAUAUACGAUAUAUUGACAGAGUAUGACUUUGAUGUAGAAAAGGCUGUCAAUCACUUCAUGAGCAAGGCAAAGAGCAACGUCAAACCAAAGACCAACAACAACAACAAUAACAACAAUAACAACAACAAGAGUAACAACACAAACAACAACAACAACAAUAAUAGCAACACGAACAAAGGUAAACAACAACAUCAACAACAGAGACACAUUAUCACCUCACCUUCAUCACCAUCCUCCUACAAGCCAUCAUCGCUCGCGUUGAACUUGUGCGAUGUAUCACCAAACGCAAUUGUAAAGCCAUCAACGUUGAGCGAAGAUCAGUUCUCCCUGAAAUCACUCUAUAUCAGCGGCGGUGGCGGCGACAAUGGCUCAGGUGAUGAUCGAAUCAAACCCUAUACAUUCGAUGAUCCAUCACCAGAUGACCUCAUCCUCUAUCGACAGAAACAAGCUUUUAAACCAAGCGGUAACAAGCAACAGAACCAACCUAUUCAGAAGAAUGCCAAUAUCAAACAAACAAAGAAUGCAUCGAAUCAACUGAUCGACACGGUCAAGUCGAUGAACAUCAAGCAACAGAGUCCACAGCAGAGUCACGAUGGUCGCACACCAUACAACACUCCAACCUCUUCCAUCUCCAUACCAGACGCAUCUGGCCAGACCUCAGAGGUCAGCACUCCACAGUCUGCCAACAGGAACAUCAAUGUCAAGCAACACUCAGCUGCACGCAGGAAGGAGUUGGAGGAAUUGGUACACAAUGCAUUCUCCACGACUACCAAGCCACAUUUGAAUAUGGUCGUGAUUGGACAUGUCGAUGCAGGCAAGUCGACUACAAUGGGUCACCUGCUGUACAAGCUGGACUAUGUGGACCAGAGAACGAUAUCAAAGUUUGAGCGCGAAGCUAACAACAUGGGCAAGAGCUCGUUCCAUUUUGCCUGGGUGCUGGACGACCACCAGGAGGAGCGCGAGCGCGGUGUCACCAUGGACGUCUGUGUUCGCUACUUUGAGACGGAGCACAGGAAGAUCACACUGCUGGACGCGCCAGGCCACAGAGACUUUGUGCCCAACAUGAUUUCGGGCACGACACAGGCCGACGUUGCCAUCUUGCUCAUCAACGCGCCAGAGUUUGAGGCGGGAUUCUCGGCGGAGGGUCAGACCAAGGAGCACGCCCUGCUCGCCAAGAGUCUUGGCAUCAUGCAGCUGAUCGUCGCCAUCAACAAGAUGGACAUGAUCGAGUGGUCCCAAGAGCGUUACAACUUUGUCGUCGAGACAUUGAGACUAUUCCUCAUCUCGGCCAAGUUCAGCGAGAAGAACAUCCACUUCAUGCCCAUCAGUGGCUUUAAGGGAGAGAACCUCGUCUCCAAGAUCACUGAUCCAAAGGGUUCAUGGUACACUGGUAACACCUUGCUUCAACAAAUAGACUCAUUCAGUGUUGGAGAGAGACUGAUCAAUAAGCCAUUGCGAAUGGUUGUCAAUGAUGUAUUCAAGUCAUCAAGCAAGGGAUCAGUGAUGGUUGGUGGAAAGAUGGAAGCAGGUGUAAUGGGUGUUGGCGACAAGUUGUUGAUAUCACCUGGUAAUGAAGUUUGUACAGUUAAAGCAAUUAGAAGAUCAAGCGCAGAGUCUGAAUGGGCAGUUGGUGGAGACAAUGUGGACCUGAGUUUGGUGAUUGAUCAGACCAAUAUACUACAUGUUGGAAGUAUAUUGAGUGAUCCAGAGAAGCCGAUCAAGGUGGCCAAGCGUUUCCUGGCACAGAUUGUCACAUUCGCCCUGCCUCUGCCAAUCACCAACGGCUUCCAGGCCGUGUUCCAUGCGCACUCGAUGGAGGAGCCAGCCACCAUCACAAAGAUGGUGUCGCUGCUGGAUGGCUCGGGCGAGGUCAGCAAGAAGAAUCCUCGUUGCGUGUCCGACGGCAUGACGGCCGUGGUGGAGGUCACACUGUCCAAGAUGUCGUGUCUCGAGCUGUACAGCACCUAUCGACAACUGGGCCGAUUCACACUCAGAGAUUCUGGCAAGACCAUCGCAGCAGGCAUCAUCACAGAGUUUAUUGACGACAAUAUUAACAAGACGCCCAAGUCCAAGACCAAGAAGUCUUCAUCCACCUCAACGUCUGCCACCUCUUCGCCAGCACCUCAACAUCAAUAA